AUGACGUCUCGGAAGAAGGUUCUACUCAAGGUGAUCAUCCUUGGAGACUCAGGGUAAGUAGAACAUUUGCAGUGUGAAACCUGUUCAUUCCAAAUUGUCCUUCCCACACAUCGCAUCCUUCAUGUACAUUGGGUUCCCCUCAUUUUUGGGUAAAGGUGCCUAAAGAUGCUUUUAUCUAAUUUUGUCCCUGCCUGUUUGCUCAUCACUCUCCUCUCUAUCUCCACACUGACAGAGUUGGGAAGACCUCUCUCAUGAACCAAUAUGUGAAUAAGAAGUUCAGCAAUCAGUAUAAGGCCACAAUCGGUGCUGACUUUCUUACCAAAGAGGUGACGGUGGAUGACAGGCUUGUGACAAUGCAGGUAAUGGACUCAUCUCUAUCCUUGACCAUGCACAUCUUCCAUAACCCCUCCUCUGUAUUGUGUCCCAAUACCAUAAGUCUAAGCCUAAUAUAAAUGUAUACAACUAAACAUUUUAGUCAAACCUUUCUCUAUGUAACAUGGUCCCUUUGGAUAUGUAUUGAGGUGCAUGUAGUGGUGAGUUCAGUUGUGAAUUUCAUCCUUUCUACUAGAUCUGGGACACUGCAGGGCAGGAGAGAUUCCAGUCAUUGGGCGUUGCUUUCUAUCGAGGUGCAGACUGUUGUGUCCUUGUGUACGAUGUUACUGCUCCAAACACCUUCAAGACUCUUGACAGCUGGCGCGAUGAGUUCCUGAUUCAAGCCAGCCCCCGUGACCCAGAUAACUUUCCCUUUGUUGUGCUCGGCAACAAGAUUGACUUGGAGAACAGGCAGGUCUGUGCAUAUGCCCAAAUAUGUGAAUUAUAUGAAGUUGUGCCAUCAAAUCAAAUGUUAUUUGUCACAUGUGCAGAAUACAACCGGUGUAGAUUUUUUACCAUGAAGUGCUUACUUAAGAGCCCUUUCCCAACAAUAUAGAGUUAAAAAGUAAAAAAAUGUGCAAAAAAUAAAUAGUAACAAUAAAAUAUGAAUAACCAGACUAUAUACAAGGAGUACCGGUACUGAGUCAAUGUGCAGGGGUACAAGGUAGAUGAGGUAAUAUGUACAUGUGUAGCCUCAGAUAGUUUUUUGUUUGCUGUGUGAAAUGUCAUUUGUUAAUAUGAAUAUUAUAUUACUGACCAGGUGACGACCAAGCGAGCCCAGGCGUGGUGUACGAGUAAGGCCAGUAUCCCAUAUUUCGAGACAAGUGCAAAGGAGGCCAUCAACGUUGAUCAAGCCUUCCAAACUAUUUGCCGAAAUGCUCUCAAACAGGUAGGCCUAUGCUGAUUGAAUUUGGAUCAUGUUAAACUCAUGACGCAGCUUUCACACUUUAAGAACAAUUUAUUGAUGCAGAUACAAGCAUGCAUUCACUUUGGAACUUUUUUGAAGGCAUUAACCUGCCAUGUUUUCCUGUCCUCAUUAUUAGGAGUCAGAAGUGGAGACUUAUGAUUUCCCAGAUCAGAUCAAACUGAGGGAUGACAGACCAGCCUCCUCCAGUGAUGGCUGCAGCUGCUGAGGAAGGGAGGAAACAUGACAGAUAUACACAUUGUUUGAUUGAAGGGGGGAUUACAAGAAUGUACAUUCGUACCAUUUUGUCUUCACAUAUGCAAGAUCUCAGACGAAAAAUGCAAAAUCAUCCCCCCUACCCCCCGUUUUUCUCUUUGAAGUUCAUGUGGCAGGAACUGAAACAUCAGUUACAUCAAUAUCAGUAUUUUCUCCAAGACAACGUGCUUUGUAUUUGUCAAACAUUUAGUUUUUGAUACUCUCAUCAGUCCUGCAAUAAUGUAUGUUAUGUCGGGGAGACAUCCGAUGUAUUCUCCCUUAUCAACGUGCCUUCCAUUUCCUUGUGGUCUCUGUGCUAGCUCAUUGUGUUUGUUGUCAUGGUAGUCAUAACUAUAAUGGUUCCUCUUUAAAGAACUUGGUGUCACAUUUAUCUGCACUACUAUUGUAUUUCCUCUUCAAGGUGAAGAAUUAUGUACAGCAUAUUUGCAUGAACAGUGGAGAAGAAAUGGUAGACAGUUUUAAGCUGCUGAUCUGAAAUGAUGUAAAUUGUACAAAUGGGACUCAAGUGUGAUCAUGUGUGUGUGUGUGUGUGGGGAGAG